AUGGUUGGAGCGGUGGAACCUAUCACUGGAAUUCCUCGCAGUCUCUUGGAUUUGUUUUCCUGUAUUGGCCUCGGUGCAACGGAGGAAGACUUCUGGCGAUGGCCGGGUGAAGUAGGCACAUUUGUGCAGUCACAUACUUGGGAAGCCUAUCGUUACUCAGGGAUCCUUGUCAUGAGGAGCUAUAGCCGGGUUGAUUCGCAGACACUGAUCGCCUCCAAUGAUGAAGAUGUUUCAAGCCAUGCGGAUGCGAUUGCGGUGAAUCGUAUUCUUUCUAGCAUUGACGCGGUCUAUGGGGCUAAGGCAUGUGGAGUUGCCAGUGACGAAGCGAUUCCUCAUAAUAUAGCAUAUCCCUUAUUUGUUGCUGGGUCACAGUCUCGCGUCAUAGUUCAGCAUGUUGCAUGGAAGGAAACGAUCAGGUCAAAAUUUCAGGAUUUGAUUCAGUCAGACAGAUAUUGGCAGACCGAGAAGAUAUUCGAUCUGCUUCAGGAUGCUUGGGAGAGCUGGGAUGCAGGACAAAUAUCCGAUCCAUUCGAAAUGGCUGCUGAGCGCGGUCUCGAGCUUGGAUUGCUAUGA